GCAAAUCUGCCUGGGACUGAGAGCUAGAGACAUCACUAGCGGGUAGCCAGCAUGUCAGCUGUGGUCUUGGAGAGCAGAGGCUUGGGCAGGAAACUCUCCGACUUCGGACAGGAAACAAGCUAUAUUGAAGACAACUCCAGUCAAAAUGGUGCCAUAUCAUUAAUCUUCUCACUCAAAGAAGAAGUUGGUGCACUGGCCAAAGUCCUGCGCUUAUUUGAGGAGAAUGAUAUAAAUCUGACCCACAUUGAAUCCAGACCUUCACGUUUAAAAAAAGAUGAGUAUGAAUUUUUCACUUUUCUGGAUGAGCGUAGCAUGCCUGCUCUGACAAACAUCAUCAAGAUUCUGCGGCAUGACAUUGGCGCCACUGUUCACGAGCUUUCUCGAGAUAAGAAGAAAGACACAGUGCCCUGGUUCCCAAGAACCAUUCAAGAGCUCGACAGAUUUGCCAAUCAGAUUCUCAGCUAUGGAGCGGAGCUGGAUGCAGACCACCCGGGUUUCAAAGAUCCUGCGUACAGAGCAAGAAGGAAGCAAUUUGCUGACAUUGCCUACAACUACCGACAUGGGCAGCCCAUCCCUCGAGUGGAAUACACAGAGGAAGAAAAGAAAACAUGGGGAACGGUGUUCAGGACCCUGAAGUCCUUAUACAAAACCCACGCUUGCUAUGAACACAAUCACAUCUUCCCACUUCUGGAAAAGUACUGUGGCUUCCGUGAAGAUAACAUUCCCCAGCUGGAAGAGGUUUCUCAAUUUCUACAGUCUUGCACUGGUUUCCGCCUCCGACCUGUGGCUGGCCUACUUUCCUCUCGGGAUUUUUUGGGUGGCCUGGCUUUCCGAGUCUUCCACUGCACACAGUACAUCAGACAUGCAUCCAAGCCCAUGUACACACCUGAACCUGACAUCUGCCAUGAGCUGUUGGGACAUGUGCCCUUGUUUUCAGACCGCAGCUUUGCCCAGUUUUCCCAGGAAAUUGGCCUUGCCUCUCUGGGUGCACCUGAUGAAUAUGUUGAGAAACUUGCUACGAUUUACUGGUUUACUGUGGAGUUUGGGCUCUGCAAGCAAGGAGACUCCAUAAAGGCAUAUGGUGCUGGGCUCCUGUCAUCUUUUGGUGAAUUACAGUACUGCUUAUCAGACAAGCCAAAGCUCCUCCCCCUGGAGCUGGAGAAGACAGCUGUCCAAGAGUACACCAUCACAGAGUUCCAGCCCCUGUAUUAUGUGGCUGAAAGCUUUAAUGAUGCCAAGGAGAAAGUGAGGUGA